AAUUGUUGUGAUAAACUUAUUAAAUAGUUGAAUGGUGAAAAUAACAAUUUUAUGACAAUCAAUGUCAUGCAUUCUUUCUCUGCUUCGAAAAUUGCGCAACAUAUGUCCAUCUUAUGUUGCUCAAAUGAUGAAGCAAUUUGAAAUUAAGAUGUCGGGGGUUCUGGGAACUGUCACCAACUUUCUGAACAAGAACUCUCGGAAUCGUGCUGUACUUGGAGUCGUGAUAACGUUUUUCGUAGUGUUCUAUUUUUUCCCGAGUUUGCUGAGCGACACAAAAAAUAAGCUGGUUUCACCUCACUCUACCUGCCUUUCUCCUUAUCUGGCAGUUUUGGAUGAAAGGGUAGAGGCUCAUAAUGUUCGCGUUGUUCAUUACUCGUACAAAGACGCCCUUUCACCAGUUGUUAAUGGAGGACACAGGAGUAGACCUUCUUCUGACACCUUUGAUAGCUUGGGUUUUGUUGGCAAUGGCCGCUACGGUUUUAUUUUACGCCAUGGAGGGAAACUUCUUAUUGGGAAUGAAAGUCAACACUUUCUGUCGCUGGAAGUAGAGCAUGACCUCAAUCCAAUUCAUCACAUUUAUCUGAGGGACUUUGCUUCACACUCCUUCUCCAAGCAACCCUUUUCAGGUGCCCUGAUGACGGACUUUUUGAAUGGACUGGCCGUUGACAUGCAAUCCUACUCGCAGGGUGGCAAGUGUGUGACCACUGAGCACACAUUCCUCUUCCACAGAGCGCACUCAAACCUUUUUGUGGAGAAGUUCUUCGUCCGAAACGAAAUGUCUCACUCGAUAGAAGUGAAUGUGGAGAGUGUUAUGAAGUCCUGCAUGGACAGUUCUUCGAGGGUGCAGCUCAGUGGUAAAGUGUUCUGUAAGAGAACAGAACAACUCAAGGAGUCAGGACUGAAUGUGGUCAUUCUUCAGGAGCAGAUAGAGUCUGCAUUUCGUGUUCAGGCCAUGUCCACGACAGCUGUCUAUGUGAUGACGAUCAUUGAGCACUCUAAUAAAUUAUCAACGGAAGACUUGAUUCUUAGAGCAGAACAGAGCUUGGAAACAGCCCUCGUAAAGAGAAUGGAGGUUAUUGUUGACGCACACAAAGUCCAUUGGAAUAAGAUUUGGAGCACUGGAAUCAGCGUGGGCCUUUCGCACGAAUCGCAUGCGCCUUCCGCCUUAGCCGUGAAUGAAACUCUGUACCACCUUCUCUCCUCAGUGGAGGAACCCCUCCUACAAUCCUCUGAUUUCCUUACAGUCGACCAGAAGUCCAGCUUGCAGCAGCUGAUCAACAACCCUGAGCACACGUGUUUCAAUGGUAUACCUAAUAUUGACGCGUCACAGUUGUGGGUAGUGCCCAAACACUCAUAUGACGAGCUGGAAGAGAUCAUUGAUUUAUGGAAGCUGACCUUGAAGAAAAGUGGAUGUUCGCGGCUCCUUGGAGCAGGGUUGAAUGGGUUCUAUGAGGCAGUUGUUCUUUCGGUGUUUGCGCUUCAAUUCAGUGACGAGCACUUGGCUUUGAAAUCUCAGCCGGCAUAUUUCCACAGAAACAUGUCUGUGAGGCAAGUGACUUACAAGGACUGUAGUCUGAAUCUGGGUAUUUCGCUGUUGCCAGAUGGACAUGCGGAGUUGACACUGGCAAGUGAGAGCUGCAACCCUGGAUUUCACUUGUACGCUUGUGACGCAGGGUGCACUUCGCCGCAACUGCUAGGGAAAGGAAUGCACAGGUCAGGAGUUCUGAAGUUUCCCGUGUACGAGACAGUUCCCCAUACUCCGAUUCUCUACAUAUCGGAGUCGGAAAAACACCUUAUAGAUCUGAAGCGCACAAUACAUUUCAGAUCAAUACACAAAUUUGUCUCAAAAGACAUAGGCGAAGACAAGAAUAAAAAUGGAUCCAAUGCUCUUCCGACUACAUUUUGGAUUGUUGUUGCGUUCGUCAUCGUCGCCUUUCACCUGUUCCUGGUGAUUCUACUCUAUAGAGAGUACUGGGUUGGGGGAGAUUCGGGUGGGGGUUAUAAGGUGGACCCGUUUUACGACUACCCAUCCGAAGUUCGAUCCUCGUCCGGGUCCAAAUUAGGAAGUGCAAGCUCGUUCAUAUCAAAUUACUCGGUCCCGAAGUUUUCAACGCAUUCGUUGUACUCGAAGUCUAGCUCUUUUACGAAGUGAAGAAAGAGUCUGAACAUAUUGGAUGAAACUUUAAAAUUAAAUUAAAAAAAUUGUUUAUUAUGCUGAAUUUAUUACGUAUUUCACUUGUAUAGUAACAGUUAAAUUCUCUGUAGAAAUCAUUUUUGGUCCAUUUUA